CACAAAAACACUCUUCUUCAUUUCCAUUUCAAUAUUCUCUUUUCGAUUCAUUUCAUUUCUUAAGAAAUGGCCAAAGAUCCAGUUCGUGUUCUCGUCACUGGUGCUGCAGGGCAGAUUGGAUAUGCUCUUGUCCCAAUGAUUGCUAGGGGAGUGAUGUUGGGUCCUGAUCAACCUGUGAUCCUUCACAUGCUUGAUAUUCCACCAGCAGCUGAGUCGUUGAAUGGUGUUAAAAUGGAGUUGGUGGAUGCUGCUUUUCCUCUUCUUAAAGGUGUUGUUGCUACAACCGAUGUGGUUGAGGCAUGCACCGGCGUCAAUAUUGCAGUGAUGGUUGGUGGAUUCCCGAGAAAGGAAGGUAUGGAGAGGAAGGAUGUGAUGUCUAAGAAUGUCUCUAUUUACAAGUCACAGGCUUCUGCCCUUGAACAGCAUGCUGCUGCCAACUGCAAGGUUCUGGUUGUUGCUAACCCAGCAAAUACCAAUGCAUUGAUCUUGAAGGAAUUUGCUCCAUCUAUUCCAGAGAAAAACAUUUCUUGUUUGACUAGAUUGGAUCACAAUAGGGCGUUGGGCCAAAUUUCUGAAAGAUUGAGUGUUCAAGUUUCUGAAAUAAAGAAUGUCAUAAUCUGGGGUAAUCAUUCAUCAACUCAGUAUCCCGAUGUCACCCAUGCAACUGUUAAAACUCCAGCUGGGGAGAAGCCUGUCCGUGAACUUGUUUCUGAUGAUGCCUGGUUGAAUGGGGAAUUCAUAACAACUGUUCAACAACGUGGUGCUGCAAUUAUCAAGGCUAGAAAGUUGUCAAGUGCACUAUCUGCUGCUAGUGCUGCUUGUGACCACAUUCGCGAUUGGGUUCUUGGAACUCCUGAGGGCACCUUUGUUUCAAUGGGAGUGUAUUCUGACGGUUCAUACAAUGUACCCGCUGGACUGAUCUAUUCAUUCCCUGUUACCUGUGCCGGUGGGGAAUGGAAAAUUGUUCAAGGACUUUCGAUCGAUGAGUUCUCAAGGAAGAAGUUGGAUUUGACAGCAGAAGAGCUUUCCGAGGAAAAGAAUCUGGCUUACUCUUGCCUCUCUUAGACUGUUUUUUUUUGUCUAUAGAAGUAGCUUCAAUUUUGAAUAAUGCUCCUUCUAGAUACACAUGAGUUAUCAGAAUCUCUUCCUUUGGAAUUACUUGUAUUGCAAGUCUAGUUCUUUUUGUUGUAAUGGAUUUUAGUCAGGGUGGUGAUACUAAGAAUUUUGAUGUUUGUUGAGACUGCACAAGCGUGCAGUCAAACACAUAUAUCUUUUCCUUGUGGUUGAGUACUAUGCAAAUUGUAUUGCAAAAUAAAGCCAUCAUGAAUUGUUUAUUAUGAAGUUAGAGAACUUAUUAGAAAGGCAGAAGUUCAAAUUUUCAUA